CCCACCAUGUUGGUUACUAAUCCCCAGCUGCUAACACUGGAUGAAGCUGAUGCCACUUGGACUCUCAUCAAGGAUAAGGUUAUCCAGGAACACUUUGGAUCCAAUGUAGUGGCAGUACCUUUCUUGUCAGACUCAGCCUUCUAUGACCUGCUGGGUGUGCUAGUGAAAAAGUCCCGGCCAGCCCACGCUCGCCUGGCUUUGCCAGGGCGGCAGGGCCGAAGGGCACUGGAACCAGUGGGACCACUACCAAACCUCCUAGAACAAGCAGGAUCUGAGGGUGCCUUUGCCCACUGCAUUCGGGAAUACUCACCAAAUGGACGAGCACAGAUUACCUAUGAAGAGAUGCGACUGCUGGAUGGGCAGUCCUGCUGGAUCCGCCUACAUACGGGUAGCCUACGCAAGAAGGUUGCUUUCCUGUUGCUGCCACCAGGGCAGGUGAGCCUACAGCAGAGUCUUCCCUGGCUCCGAAGCACCCACAGCAUCUAUGUCAUCUACCAGGUCUUCUCUUGCUCCUGGCUGCAGCUGGAGCUGUUGCCUACAGCCGGUGAGCCCCAGAUGCUCCAGUUGCAGCGGUCAUUGCCUGUUGCCUUCUCCUGCCUCAAGUUUUCACUGCAGCCCAAGGGAGUGGUGGGACCACAGAAACCUCUGAUCAAAGACCCACUGCCUCAUUCAGCCAAAUGGAUCAGACCCAACCCCAGAAUCAUGCCAACUCUGGCCCCAGCAGCACCUGCUGAUACUCCCGAAGCUGAUGGGUCCCCAUCUGUUCCAGUCCCACCUACACCACCUCCCCAGGCAGGGCCAGAAGGCAGACCCAACAGAUUCUCCUACAAGGGCCGAAACCUCUUCUGGAGAGGGCCCCAGAUGCUGUCAGAGAACUGGCUCUUCAGCCCCCGCAGCCCCCCACCAGGAGCCCAGGGUGGGGGUCCUGGGGACCCAGACCGGCACUCCAUGUCCCUGGCCCUGCUGCAAGCUCUGUCCUCGGAGUUCGACAGCGACGACUGA